UGAGAAUGAUGGUGAUGUUCGCACACGGGCAGACAGCCUUCGAGUUCUGGUACUGAACUGUUGUGUUGGAUAGGCGGCUGUUCUGUUAAGUUUAAGCUUUAAGAUCACUGGGGAUUCAACCGAAAAGCAUUCACGAGACACCUCCAAAGUUUCUGCACUGUGAAGAAAAAAUAAGCGGAUCCAAGCAGGACGAAUAGGAGAUGACAAUUCUACCACCCUUUUUCUUCCUGAUGUGCCCAUUUUUUAGGACAGCAGUUGUUUUUGUUUAGAAAUUAAUUUCUUGUUCAGAUGCACAAAUCACAUCUCAAAAUCCAAUUGAUCUGAGUCAUUAUGAGUAAUGACAUAUUUCAAACACCCGAGAGCAGUGGCAACAGUCUAGUGAGGGGAGCCAUACAUAAGGAUGAAGGAACAAUCACAUCCAAUGCUUCUCCUGGAAUGAUUGACAGCUCCCCGCAGUCUCAGCAGGCUGGUUGUCCCAGACUGUGCAUCUCUGCGGUUCCUCGGCCAUCCCGCUUGGAAGACACGGAUGAACACUCCCGAGGAAACGACUCGGCCGAGAGAGAGAGCGAAGGGCACAUGGUUAGAGGAACAUCACCCUGCGGCUCUCACAAUGGAAAGGGUUCAACCACUGAGACUACAGAAAGCAAGAGCUCAAAUGGAAACAGCCCCUCACCACCUAGCAGCUCAGAGUCUUAUAGCCUUUUGAGUGGAAGCUCGGAGCUGGAUAACCCGACCUCGCAGACCCCCAGCGUUGACCAGCCUGCCCGGUUGCAGACCAAGAGAGAGCUGCUGAAGGCCAUGCGCGAGCUGAAAGUCCGCAUGCCGGCGGACCACCGCAGAAAGGGACGAUCUAGCACUCUGGCCUCUCUGCAGUAUGCACUACGCUGCGUCAAACAAGUCCGAGCGAAUCAAGAGUAUUAUCAUCAGUGGAGUGUAGAAGAGAGCCACGGAUGUUGUUUGGACUUGUCCUCAUUCAGUAUCGAAGAGCUAGACAACAUUUCAUCUGAGUAUACACUUCAAAACACGGACACUUUCUCCGUGGCAGUUUCCUUCCUCUCUGGGAAAGUAGUGUACAUCUCACCCCAGGCGGCUUCUCUUCUGCAUUGUAAAGCAGAGAGGCUGCAGGGGGCACUGUUUUCCGAGCUCCUCGCACCUCAGGAUGUCAGCACUUUUUACAGCAGCACGGCUCCCUGUCGCCUGCCACCGUGGGCUUUAUGCACAGGAAACACCUCACAGGUGGACUGUGCCGAGAAGUCAAUGUUUUGUCGGAUAAGCAGGGGCAGGGAGAGCGACGGAGAGGUUAAAUAUUAUCCCUUCCGUCUGACACCGUAUCAGCUGACCCUGAGAGACUCUGACACAUCUCAGCCUGAGCCCUGCUGUCUCCUUAUCGCAGAGAGAGUUCACUCUGGAUACGAGGCACCCCGUAUCCCUGCAGAGAAAAGAAUUUUCACAACCAGUCACACCCCAAACUGCCUCUUCCAAGAAGUUGAUGAAAGGGCCGUUCCUCUUUUGGGUUACCUACCUCAGGACUUGGUUGGGAAACCGGUGUUGGUUUAUCUGCAUCCAGAGGACAGACUCCUAAUGGUCAUACAUAAGAAAAUUCUCCAGUUCGCGGGGCAGCCAUUCGAACACACUCCUCUCCGAAUGCGAGCGAGGAGCGGGGAGUACCUGACUCUUGAUACAAGCUGGUCAUCGUUUAUUAACCCUUGGAGCAGGAAGGUGGCAUUUAUCGUGGGGCGGCACAAGGUUCGAACGAGUCCUCUGAAUGAGGACGUGUUCACAGCUCCUGAGGGUGGGGAGGUGAAGGCCAUGUCCCCAGAUGUGCCACAGCUCAAUGAACUCAUCCACAGGUUUCUGGUGCAGCCCAUUCACAACGGCAGCUCGCAGGGAUACGGUAGUCUGGGCAGCAGCGGCUCCCACGAGCUCCAGCAGAGCGCACCUUCAUCUUCUGAGAGUAACGGACACACUUCAGAGGACCAGAUCAAGCCCAGGAAACGAAUGACAUUCGAGCAGAUUUGUCAAGACGUCCACAUGUUGAAAACCAGCGGACAGCAGGUCUUCAUCGAAUCCAGAAACCGGCCUUCACCUCUCAAACAGGAUGGCUUAGUAACUCUGGAGAAGGGUGCAGAGAUGACGGAAGUAUCCACUAGAGAAGGUCUGGCAGGAUUGGCAUUGUCCAGUCCACCCAGGAAAGAGCUGCCCCUCAUGUAUUCAUACCAGCAGAUCAACUGUCUGGACAGCAUCGUACGAUAUCUGGAUAGCUUUAACGUCCCCGGGACAGUAAAGAGAAAGUGUGACUCUUCUUCGGCCACAGCCUCUUCCACUUCAGAUGAUGAUAAACAACGGGAGGCAGUAGGAGGGAUGGAAGAAACUCUCAUGGUGGCUGAGGGGUCAAAGGCCAUCCCAGCACACCCCCUGACUCCUCUUGCCCUGCACUGUAAGGCCGAAAGCGUCGUCUCGGCCACUUCACUGUGCAGUUUUAGCAGUACUAUUGUUCACGUCGGGGACAAAAAGCCUCCUGAAUCAGAUAUUGUAAUGAUGGAGGAACCGCCAACGGCCCCAACACCUUGCACCACAGCUCCGUCCGCUUUUGUCACCUUCCCGAUCCCUGUGAACCCCCAGCCGACGCCAUCUCCCAGCACUGCUUCCCGUGAAAAAGAAAACGAGAGAAAAGGAUCAAGGAAAGGCCUUACAAAAGCUGUCCUAUCUGCUCACACCCAGCAAGAGGAGCAGACCUUCCUCAACCGCUUUAGGGACAUCAGCCAGCUGCGGAUGGUGCGGCCCAGCAGUCAGCCUAAGCGCAAACAUAUGUCUACGCCUGGCAAAACAGGAGUUAACAUCUCCCAAAACUAUCCAUCUGGAAGCAGCAGUCGUCGACAUGGCAGAGGUGGAAAAAGGAGAAAACAUAAAAUAGAUGGAAAUCUUCUUGAUUCUCCCGCUCUUCCUGGGUCUUGUCCCUAUAGAGCAUCCAGACCACCGAUAGCAUCUGUCCAGCAAUCUUCCAACUCCUGGCCGCCUUCUGUGGGCUCUCAAGGUGGUAGUGCUCCAGUGGUAAUGCCGUUUCUUCCGGGUUACAUGCCCGUGUAUCCCAUUUCAUCCCCACUCUAUGUGCCCCAAAUGGGUUCGGAUCCAUCGAUGCAAGCAGGUGUACCUAGAUUCCCCAUGCAGGGCUCUCAGAUGUUCCCUCCAGUGAUGCCCCAAGUAAUGACCUUCAUGUUGCCCAACUACAUGUUUCCACAGAUGGGAAACCCAGGAACACAUUUGAACACACAGCUUAAUGGACAAAUGAACCCGUUGGGCCAGUUCGCAACAUCCAUUGGUCAAUUAAACCCUGGUGUACCUUUUAAUCCGGCGGUGGGACAAUUCAACCCACUGGGCUCCCAGGUUAAUCCUUCCAUGCCUGCAGUGAUUCCUCAACAGUUUUACAACCCCAAUCCCUUGUUUACGUUCCCCUCACCGAUGCCAGCUGCAAACGCCACCGCUACAGUCCCAGGACAGUCUCGUUCCAGCACGCCACACUCCGGAGGGCAGCAAACUGGAGAGAGGGAGGGGACCGGCCCCCCUCUUUUUCAGUCCCGAUGCUCCUCUCCACUCAAUCUGCUUCAGCUCGAGGAAUUCCCGAGCAACCGUACGGAUGUCACUCAUCAGACCCCACCCCCAGUGGGAGGAGCAUCAGCGCAGGGGGGCGGGACUGGAGCACAGAAUUCCAGCAAUCGUGGAAGCACCACAAAAGGCAAACUGAAUGACAGCGCGGAGGUCAAUGAGUCCAACCAGGACAACAUGUCAACCUCUAGUGACAUGUUGGACCUACUGCUAAAGGAAGACUCUCAGUCAGGCACCGGCUCAGCCGCCUCAGGCUUCGGAUCAUCACGAUCCGGUUCAGGAUCAUUUCACUCUGGAUCUAAUGGCUGCAGCACAUCAGGAAGUGGCACUGGAAGCAGUAAUACCAGCAAAUACUUUGGAAGCAUUGACUCGUCAGAGAACGAUCACGCUCAUAAACCAACAUCAUCUGGAGAUAUGGAAGGGGAAAAGUUCAUGAAAUUUGUCCUCCAGGAUCCCAUAUGGCUCCUAAUGGCCAGCACAGACGACAAGGUCAUGAUGACAUACCAGAUGCCCAUCAGGGAUAGAGAAUCUGUACUGAAAGAAGACAGAGAUGCCCUGAAAGCUGUUCAGAAGCAUCAGCCUCACUUAUCUGAAGAUCAGAAGAAAGAAUUGAAACAGGUUCACCCAUGGAUCCAAACUGGCUGCCUACCAAAAGCCAUCAAUGUUACGUCAUGUACUGGGUGUGGGACUCCCACAGAUACCGUGACUCCUCCAUUCGAUUUUGACUUUUGUGAGAUGGAUUUCAGCAUGGCUUUAAGAGCGGAGCCUGAACAACAUGAUACACUAUUAAAUACUUUUCCCUUAAGCUCUCCAGCAUCUGAUACUGAGCAGAAAGACACUCAGACCAACACACAGGACUGGGCGAUGGAGGAGGUGGAAGUUACCUCAUCAGCGGAGGUCAAGCGAGACUAACGACUGCCGGACAGUGAUUGGUUUUCAUGCUUGAUGCCACUGCGUGAUUGGUGUCCAUCAAUCAGAAGUGCAUUUUUAAGACUUGACAGCUUAUGUCUGUUUUAGGUUUUUAUGUUAUUCGAACUUGAUCGAGCAAGGACCAUGGACCAAGGGUGCAAUUUUUAUGAUGAUAUUUUUUCAGUCAGUUGAUUUACCUUUAUUUAAUACACAUACUCAUUUUCGCAGCUUAAAGGGAUUUGAAAUAUUAAUUCACUUCUUUUAUUUUGAUGUUCAGAUCAAUUGCACAAAAUGGAUGUUAGCAUCCAUUAAAAACGAGUGUUUAAUUUGCCCCAUUUUCUGCUUCUGUGUUCUUUUAAUGAUUUACAAGACUGUGUGGCCUUAUCCAGUGACAGAUGUUGCCUCGUAACUAUAUUUAUACAUGAUAAGGAUAUCGAUUGAUACUUAAGGCACUUUUUUUAAGGGGGCAAAAAUCGCAUUGUUCCUGUGUACUUUUUGGAAGUAAUUAAGAAGGGUUUGCAAAUGCAAGUCUGUGAAAACAGACACGCCCAAUCAGUUUACAUGUAGUGUAAGGAUUUUUUGUGUUCUUGUCUGUAUUUUUUUUACAUUGUUUCAACAAUUAUUACCUAAAAUGUGGUUAUGUUCAUGCAAGAGGGAUCUCUUUUUUGCUUCGAACCCAAAUAAAUGUGCAUUUUAAGUAA